GCCAUAACCAGAGCAAGUCGGACAAAAUGACUAACCAUCAUGCAACGCACUAGCAAGACGUUGAUCGAAAUUGCCCAGGUCUGCGCAAGUCUCGGACACGGUUUAAAGCUAUAACGUUCUUCACGGAGGUGACGGAAAACCGGUUAGGAACAAGACCUAGGACCUGACGUUGUGACCAGGACCAACACUUGUCCAGGGUAUGAGGAACUGUCCGGUCUAAGUAGUACAAACUCCAGGAAAACAGUCAUUAAGAUGGACAUUUCGCAGGACUUUCAGGCUCCUUUUUUCGCCAUGAGUCGUCUACUUUCAUUUCCCUGGACUUUUGUAGAAAAAGAUCUGGAAAGCAACAAAUCGUCAGAGCUGAUUUCCGACAUCCUGAAACAGACAUGCCUUCACUCUUUGUGCCGGAAGUUUCCUCCGUCAGCCAAAUACAGGAAGCUGUUUCUCUCUCAGCUCAUCAAACGGCAGGAGGCGGCAGGCUGCGAUCCUCUGGACGAGCUGUACGACGCUCUGGCUGAAGUGGUGGGAGCUGAAGACACCAGCGAGUGCUACAAGAGCUACCUACUGCCCGGCGGCGACUCGGUCAGCCUGAGGGAGAGCGUGGCUCUGAUCUCAGACGGGACCACGGGCCUGGUGACGUGGGAGGCCGCUCUCUUCCUCACUGAGUGGGCUCUGGAGCACCGGCAGGCCUUCAGCGGCAGGACGGUGCUGGAGCUGGGCAGCGGGGUGGGGCUGACCGGCAUCUCCAUCUGUCGCUCUUGCAGCCCGAAGAGGUUUGUGUUCAGCGACUGUCACCCCCGGGUGCUGCAGACGCUCGAAGACAACGUGCGGCUCAAUGCUGUGACGCAGAGGGAGCCCCCCCCCGUCACCGUGAAGGAGCUGGACUGGAGCACGGCGACGGGGGAGCAGGUCGCUCGGAUCGAAGCAGACACCGUCAUCGCUGCAGAUGUGGUGUACGACCCAGAGGUUGCAGAGAGUCUGGUAAAGCUGCUGAACACCAUCCUGAGCUGCUCCAAUCCUGACAUCUACAUCUGCUCCACCGUGAGAAACCCAGAGACCUACAGCGGGUUUAAGACGCAGCUCGAAAAAGCAGGAAUCAGCCAUCGGGUGAUGACAGGAGCCGUCAGCCACGUGUUCCCUUACAGCAGAGGCUCUGCUAUAGAAAUGAUCCAACUGUACAGAUGACUGUAGCACAUUAAAGAUUUUAUUUACAAAUUUA